AUGGAAAUUGAUACAGUCUGUUGCUUGAAAGAGGAACUUUUGAAGCACGCAAUCGAGCCAAAGGCUACUAAGAAAGAUGGGCAACAUGCUUCUUACAAUUCAACUGGAGUCUUCUUGGCCGUUUCCAAUAACCGCGGAGACAUAAUAGUGAUAGAUUUUGUCCUUCGGAAAUUUUGGUCGUUGGGCUUCAUAGCUCUAGGCUCGACUCUCAUCAAAUUCAGUCCAUUCCAACCAUCCGAUCUCUUGGUAGGUGGAGAAGGAUUCCUCCAUAUCGUCGACGCCAAUAACGGAACAAUACUGGCCAUUUUAGAAGGUCAUCGAGGAGCCUUAGUGGACGCAUCCUUUUCCGAUAAUCAUCUGUUAAUAACAUCCACGAGCAACGAGGCAAUAAUUUGGAGAACCGAAAAAUACGAGAAACUGCGCGUUCUCGUUUUAGAAGAAGGGACCAUUUUGAAAUCAGUGGUCUUCAUGCCCAUCAGUAAUAACGUGAUGACAUGUUACCAGAACGAUGCAAUACAAGCGUGGAAGAGCGACACGUUAGAACCUAUAAACCAAAUUAUUCCUAACGUCAUCAACAGAAUCACCGUGAAGACUAUAGCCUUUACUAGGAAUGGUCGGGCAAUGGUUAUAGGUGGAUAUUCACCGCAACUACUGGUCUUCAUGAUUGACAUAUGGAAAGCAGUGGAGACGUUAACAUUACCAGAAAAUUUCCGGGGUGUCAAGCAGCUGGAGUUUCUUCCGCAACAUUUCGAUGCUGGAGCGAAUAAAAUUUUGAUCGCAUUAACGACCAAUCGAUUCGUUAUCUUCAUUGACAUGGAAAAGGAGGAGCUCAUCACAAAAUUGGAAUGCGCGGAUGUUAGCAGGAUAAGCGUGUGUCCUUUGGGCAAACAAAUCGGCUGCGUCACCAACAGCGGCGAUGUGCGCGUUUUUGCUGUCGCCCAAAUCUUCGAGAAAUACAACAGCAAAGAGGCUCUUGUGCAUGAACCCUACAAACCGGGUAUUGUCUUGAGGAAACCGAACUACGCAAAAGUAAAACAGAAGAUGAGAGAUGUUUUAGACUUGAACAAACUUCGCGGAAUCUUGAAGGAGUUCAAUGCCUAUCCGGAUUUGUACCGACGGACGAUUUGGUCCUUCAUACUGGGGAUUCCUAACAAUGCUAAACAAUACGAAGCUAUAGUGAGGAACGUUUACGAUUGCAAGUUUCUUGAUCUGGAGAGUUACUAUCCAAUUGAAAAUAAACGGGAUUUGAAGAACCUAAAACGAACUUUGAGUGAUUUAGUCUCUUGGUGCCCGUUCUUCUCCGAAGUGACUUAUUUACCCACAUUCGUUUUUCCUUUUACGCGAUUUCUGCAGUCCGAACCGAUAAUCUGCUUCGAAGUCGUCAUGACCAUCAUCGUGAACUUCUGCCAAUAUUGGUUCGAGUACCAUCCGCUGCCUCCGGUUAACGUACUCGGGAUGAUCGAAAACAUUCUGAUGGAGCACGAUUCCGAAUUGGUUUGUCAUCUGCAUGCAAAUGCUGUGACCUCCAAAUUAUACGCGUGGUCUCUGUUGAAGAGCGCUUUUUCGGAAAUAGUCUGCGCCAACGACUGGUUGAUUAUCUGGGAUCACAUCAUCUCCAACGAACCAUCAUUUGUUCUCUUCGCCGUAGCAGCUUACAGUUUAAUCAACCGCAACUACUUGUUAGCGCACAAAGGUUUAGAUUACUUCAACGAAUUUUACCACAACCAGAAUCCGCUUGAUUUCAAACGAUUCAUCGCAAAGAUCUAUCAGUUACUGGCUAACACAACCGAGAACAACCAGCCAAGACAGUACUUGGAUUAUUUUAUACCGCGGGACACUUAUCCGGAAUUCGAGGGAUUCCCGCAAUCCUCCUUGCAAUACGAUGAAACUAAGCAAGCGGUGCAGAAGGAAAAUAAGGAUAUGCUGAGGAACGAGCAGGAGUUUAUGCGAACGCGAUGCGAGGAAAUUGAUAAACUGAAGGACGUGCAACGCGAAAGUGAAGAAAUGAUGCGCCUGUCUGAAUUAAGGGAACUCUACGCGAAUAAGAUGAAACUGGAGAGGAAGUCGGUGUGCGAGCAGCGUGAGCGAUUAAGGAAAUUCCGAUCGAGAAUCGCCAAAGAAGAAUCUGAAUUGUUGAGCGUUGCCAAAAUGGAGAUGCUGGAGAAGACGUGCAAGGAUAAACGACGUACUUUGGAAACGUUGCAGAGCGUCAAACAAAAUGUGUCUCUGGUGGAAGAAGAGCUUUUAGAGCAUUACAAGAAAUUGUUGAAACAUAAGCUACAAAUCGAGAGGCUGAUGCGUGGCCAAGGAGACACCACGGGAUUGACCGAAGAGUAUCGCAAACUGGAAGACGAAAUACUUAAAGCUAGAGUGACUGCAAAUAGUACCGAAUAUUUAAAACAAUUGAACGUGGCUACCGGAUUGGCUGCGAUGGACAACUUGAUCGGAAAGGUGCAGUCCGAGAUUGAGAAGAGAUCGAAGAGUAGUAGUUCGGAUUCUACGAACACUCUGCAAAUUACUAAGUUGUCCAGUGAAAGCAAAGAACUGGGAGAGGAGAUCAAGAAUCUCAUGAGUCUUCUCAGUAAAAUUAAGUGAUUUGUAUAAAAUGUAAUUUAUUUAAUUUAAAAAACAUGUUAUAAAGCGUAGCUCAAUAAUAUUUAUAUACAAAUA